AUGACUAUCGCGAGUCUGCUUCUGUCCGUGCGCGACAACGUCUUCCGAAACUUGAGCCGGUCCUUCUUGGCGUCGUUGAUCCUGGCACCGCUUAUCUGCAUCUUGAUCAAUGAGGUCAUCCGUUACAAUGCACGGAUUGGCAAGUUGAAAGGCCCAUUGGGAUUGCCUGUAAUAGGUAAUAUCUGGGAUAUUCGAGUCAAUGCCGCGGAGAAAUAUCGCGAAUGGGCCAAGCAGUUUGGAGAUGUGUAUCAGAUCCAACUUGGAAAUGUUCCCGUUGUGGUUGUCAACUCUGCAUCGGCAGCUCGAAGUCUCUUGACCAAGUCGUCGUUCAGCUCCCGUCCCGAGUUCUACACCUUCCACAAAGUCGUUUCCGACACCGCCGGGACCACAAUUGGGACAUCUCCCUACAGCGACUCGCUCAAGCGUCGCCGCAAAGGGGCUGCGUCCGCGCUCAACAAACCUUCUAUACAAACUUAUAUUCCUCAUCUUGACAUCGAGACUCGGGGAUUCAUUCAGGAGCUCUAUGACUUUGGCGGUGCUGGCAGAAAACCUGUCGAUCCCAUGCCGAUGAUCCAACGCCUUUCGCUCUCUCUCGGACUCACACUCAACUGGGGUACUCGCCUCAAGAGUCAGAAGGAUAACCUUUUCGAUGAGGUUACGCAUGUAGAGGAAGAGAUCAGUCGUUUCCGGUCUACUACAGGCAAUAUUCAGGACUACAUUCCAUUGCUUCGUCUCAAUCCCAUCAAUAAACACUCCGCAAAGGCGAGGGAGAUGCGGCAACGACGCGACACAUAUCUGGCGGCACUCAACAACGGGCUCGACGAAAGCAUUGCCAAUGGAAGCUACAAGCCCUGUAUCCAAGCCAAUGUCAUUCUGGACAAGGAGAACAAGCUGAACAAGGAGGAACUUACCUCGAUUAGUUUGACUAUGCUCUCUGGUGGCCUAGAUACUGUCACCACAUUAGUUGCCUGGGUCCUCGCUUUGUUAGCACAGCAUCCCGAGAUCCAGGACAAGGCUCUUUCGGAAAUUCGGAAAUUCUACAGCGACAAGGAGCCGAUGUGCAGGGCCGAUGAUGACCAAAAGUGCGAAUAUGUUGUGGCUCUGGUGAGAGAGAGCCUGAGGUAUUUCACCGUGCUACGUCUUGCCCUGCCGCGUGUUUCGGUUCAGGACGUCGUUUAUGAGGGUAUCGUCAUCCCAAAGGGCACCGUGGUGUUUCUCAAUGCUUGGGCCUGUAAUAUGGAUCCUAAAGUGUGGUCGGACCCUGACAUCUUCCGACCUGAAAGAUGGUUGGAACAACCUGACGCUCCUUUCUUCGCCUAUGGAAUAGGAUAUCGCAUGUGUGCUGGGUCACUCCUCGCCAACCGAGAACUGUACCUUUUGUUCAUGCGGCUAAUCAACAGCUUUCGUAUCGAGAGGUAUGAUGAUAUUGAUUGCCAUCCAGUAUACGGAAAUGCCGAUCCGACAAGUUUAGUAGCCAUGCCGAAGCGUUAUAAAGCCAGGUUCAUCCCGCGGAACGACCCGAUCCUCAGAAACGAACUGGAAGUUCAGCUUGAGUAG